AUGCCGACCACCAACGAUUUCCGCCCUUGCCAGCUGCGCCGCAGCCACGAUGGCGAUCAGCACAACACCCUUUCCUUGUCCAUGCUCCAUCGGCCCGUGUCCCGGAAUAGAGUCAAUUUGGAUUCCACUCUCAUGGCUCGAACUUCUUUUUCCCGUCCCAGUGGAGAUCCCCGUCCUGGCAUGACAAGAGAAAGUGCCACCGAAAGAAUGCAUCGUGUCCUAUCCAUCUUGGACCAAGCACUGGAUACAUUCGAAGAAGAUUUGGGUUUCCAGCAGGACGAAGAAGAAUCUACCACCAGUGGGACGGACGAAGCGGCGGCCACUCAUUCCAGGGAACACCCAAGCCCCUGA